GGACAACUUCUUGAUUCUUUUUUUUUUGGUGCGCAACUUCUUGAUUCUUGGAAGACCUCGUUUUCUCUCUCUCACUCUCUUUGAAGCCCUCUUCCGUACGUCAAUGGCGGGGAGGAAGAGAGCCCGAUGCGGAGGCGGGGUGGAGGUGCUGGACUCGAUCUACUCGGUGGUCGCUCUCGUCCUUAUCCUUGUCGCCUGCGUCGAGCUCGGCGACGCCGCCACCGCCGUCGACGUCUACCGCCUGAUCCAGUACGAUCUUGCUGGCAUGCCCUACGGAUCUCGCCACGCCGGCCUCAACCACCAUGCCGGCGCUUUCCCCUUCGCUCCCGGCGCCGAUCUCUCCCGCACCGUCGUCAUGAUGCCUGUCCGGGAGCUCAAUCUCACCUUGCUCCAAGAGUACAUCAUCAAUAAGCAGCCAUUUGGAGGCUUGUUAUUUUUGCUUCCUCAAAAGGUUGGCAAAAAGAUUGUUGGGGAGAUCAAGAGCAAAGAUGAUGGGCUCAUGAGAAAAAUAUUGGUUGAGUUGGAACAAUUGCUCAUACAUGCUAGCAUACCUUAUCCAGUUUAUUUUGCAUUCGAGGAUGAUAAAAUCAAUUCUCUAUUAGCUGAUGUCCGGAGAAGUGAUGCUAGUGGCCAACCUACCACGGCAACCACUGGCGGCUACAAGUUGGUUGUUUCAUCACCAGAGCCUAAAAAGUUAUCGUCUCCAACAAUAACAAACAUUCAGGGAUGGUUGCCAGGGCUGAAAGGAGAUGGAGAUACCAGUCAACUGCCAACAAUUGCUGUAGUUACAUCAUAUGAUACUUUUGGUGCUGCUCCGGCACUCUCUUUGGGAAGUGAUAGUAAUGGGAGUGGAGUCGUGGCUCUUUUAGAGAUAGCAAGACUUUUCUCGCAUCUUUAUUCAAAUCCAAAGACCCGAGGAAGAUAUAACCUUCUUUUUGGGUUAACAUCUGGUGGACCUUAUAACUAUAAUGGAACUCUUAAGUGGCUAAGGAGUUUUGAUCAACGGUUACGAGAGAGCAUUGACUAUGCCAUAUGCUUGAAUAGUUUUGGUUCUUGGAACAAUGAGUUAUGGAUUCAUGUGUCCAAGCCUCCAGAAAAUGCCUACAUAAAACAAGUUCAUAAAAGUUUGUCAGAUGUUGCAAAAGAGCUGGGAGUUACCAUUGGUAUAAAGCACAAGAAGAUAAAUAUUUCAGACCCAAGAGUUGCCUGGGAGCAUGAGCAAUUUUCUAGGUUAAGAAUAACUGCUGUCACUCUUUCUGAGCUUUCUGCUGCGCCUGAAUUGCUCGAAAAUACAGGAGGACUUUAUGACACAAGGGAUUCAGUGGAUGAAGCUGCAGUCUACAGAAGCAUCAGAUUAGUUGCAGAGAGUCUUGCGAGGCAUAUUUAUGGAUACCAAGGCAGGAACAUUCAGAUUUUCGCAGAUAAUAGUAGUUUGGCUGUAAACCCUUCUUAUGUAAAGUCAUGGUUGGAUCUAUUGUCACGGACACCUCGAGUGGCACCCUUUCUCUCGAAGACUGACCCAAUUAUCUCUGCAUUGAAAAAGGAAUUAUCUGAUCACACGGUUGAGGUGCACGUACAGCAUGAGACGAUUGAUGGGAUGUUCAGUUUUUAUGAUUCUACAAGGGCAACGCUUAACAUAUAUCAGGUCGCAAGUGUUGCUUUUGAUCUUCUUUUUCUUCUAGUACUGGGAUCAUACCUAAUUCUCCUCUUCAGUUUCCUGGUCAUCACCACACGGGGCCUAGAUGAUCUGAUCAAUAUGUUCCGCCGGCCUACAUACCGGAAGGUCAAGGCAUCAUGAGCUUUCGUAGUUAAAUUUUUCCACAAGGACAGCAGCAAAGACUUUGCUUAUAGCCAGCUGACAAACAUUAAGUGGAUUGUAAAUGAUCCUCAAAUGAGGCAGAUGAGGUAAAGAUGUUAUUUCCUAAUCCUGUAACUCCAGUGGAAAAGAAAUUUUGGUAAGAAGUAUCUUGGAAAAUUCUUGACUCAAUCUUUAGUAGACAACCUUUCAGUUUUA